UGGGACUUUUCCGGGGGUGUGUGGUCGGUCAACGCGACAGCAUCAGGUCAUGAAACAUCAUUGUGCUCGUCCCCCUAAGGCAGGGAAGUCUGUUAGAGAAGGAGCUGCACAAAAGAAGAGCAAGUCACAGCAGCACCCAGAACCUGCCAGCAAAAAAGCAGAUGGAGGACAAAAACGGAGUCAAGAGAAAGAGAUCACACAGCCAGCCAAGAAGAGAGAGAAGCGACAGAGGGAGCAGUCUCCUGAGGGUUCUUGGGGCACAAAAAAGGUGAAGUUGGCCCCCGGCAAAACAGCAGCCUGGCAGCCACUCCCAGACAGCAGCAUCGACUACCUGGGAGGCAUGAUGGAUUCAGUAAUAUUAUCCAUUCUGAGUAAAUCAAUAAAAGAAAAAGAUGACAUUCAAAAGCACCUCAACCUCCUGAAGGAAAGGCUUCUAAGACAUUACAAGACCCUGAAGGUGCCUAUUGGGAAGCUAAGCAACCUGAAAAAUGUGCUGAGUCUUAAGGUGGCAGAGAAACAGAAUCUCUCAUCCAAUGAAGAGGCUAUGGCACUACUACAGGAAGAAAUAACGACAGCUGUGCAGACUGCUGAGAACACAGACGAGAAUAUUCAGAGCCUGCAGGACAAAAUCCAGACUCUCAGGAACCGGUUGGAGGAAGCUGAGGACAAGGCUAAGAAGGUGUUCCAGAAAAAUGGUACAGGGGUCCUCAGUCUUCCAGAACUCCCAAAGCACAGCCUGACAGCACCCAUUCUGCAGGAGGAGAUUCUGAAAAUCCAAGACCAGAAAGGUAUUCUGAAGGACCUAAGCACCAUCCAGCACUCAGCUGAGAUGAAGAACAUGUUGACCCUCCUUGAACAGGCCUAUGAGAAGGUGGACUUCCUUUGAGGAAUCCAUACACAAAGUUAUGCUGAGGCUGGCUUUAUUUCAUGGUCCAGCAGGUGUUGAUCCUGUGACAAUGUUUUUUGCUUCUAAAGACUUGCCUUCUGCAAUCACCAAGUGUCUAUUAGUCAGUCCUUUAUUAGCCAGAUAUUGGCACAAUAUAUUGAUUGUUGCCCAGUGGGACAUUAGUGACAUGCUGUUUUUUCACUGGCGUAAAGACCAGACAUAUAGAACCUAGCUCAUCCACAUAAGGACCACUUUUAAAUAGUGUAUAUAUUAUCUAUUAAUAAACUGGGUUAUGGCUGAUAUUUUCCAUUUUCAAACAUUUUUUUGUGGUUCAGAGAACUGACUGACCAGCAGCAGAUUCCACUAGCUCUAAUAUUGCAUUGAAAGGUCUGGAUUUCUUUUCUUUCCUUUUGGAAGACUAGGAUUGUUUCAUUAUAUUAGGCCUGUCAUGUCAGAGAUAUGAAUAUAGUACCUCUAUGGACUCAACAUUCACUCUAAAGAGAAAAUUAAAUCCUAUUUGAAGUUGAAUGAUGUAAUAGAUAUUUUAUUUAAAGAAUAGUUGCUAAACCACAAUAAAUACCUCCUUUU